AUGUCGAAGCAGUUUCAGUUCAAGCUCGUUCUUCUAGGCGAGUCAGCCGUAGGGAAAUCCAGCUUGGUCUUAAGGUUCGUGAAAGACCAGUUUGACGACUACCGGGAAAGUACAAUUGGCGCGGCGUUCUUGACACAAACGGUUACCCUAGAGGACCAGACAACUGUCAAAUUUGAAAUAUGGGAUACAGCGGGUCAAGAGCGAUACAAAUCCCUUGCGCCAAUGUAUUAUCGCAACGCAAACUGUGCAGUUGUCGUGUAUGACAUCACCCAAACUGCCUCCUUGGAGAAGGCGAAGACAUGGAUUCGUGAACUGCAACGCCAAGCAGACCCAUCGAUAGUAAUAGCUCUGUGCGGCAACAAAUUGGAUCUCUCCGAACGGAGGCAAGUCACGGAGGAGGAAGCUAGGAAAUACGCCAACGAAGAAGGCCUUCUGUGGAGCGAGACUAGCGCAAAGACAGGAGAGGGCGUAAAUCUUAUCUUCAAUGCUAUUGCCAAGAAGCUUCCAUUGACCGCACCGCCCGCAGCCCGUGGUGCUCGCGUUGCAGCACCUGGUACCUCGCGACAAAGUGUAGACCUUAACAGGCAAUCAACCGCUCAGGGUGGCGAAGCAUGCAAUUGCUAG